AUGUAUGCCAAUCAAAGCUGGGGUAGCUAUGAUAACCUGACGGGCACAUGGUCGGGUAGUGUUGGACACCUAUACAAUAAGACAGCCGAUCUGUCCAUAUGUGAUCUGACCCGUACAUACGAGCGCUCGAAAGCGGUCGACUUUAGCCGGGCCUACCUAUUGAUACCGUUAACAUUUGUCUCAACCCGGCCGGGACUCAAAUCGCGUCAAUGGAUAACACUAUCGCCGUUUGCACCCAUGGUUUGGCUAUCGAUGACCAUAUCGUUUAUACUAUCGACAGUAGUCCUGCACCUCCUCUACCAUAAAUGUGUGGCGAUGCCUACCACUAGUAGUGAUUAUGAUGAUGAUACAUUGGAUACCGGUGCUCCUCCUCCUCCUAAUAAACCUAAACUAUUGAUCGACUAUAUAUCCAUAUCGUUAAUAGCGGCACUAUUGCAACAAUCUAACAUACGUGUGCCGACCAGCCAACCAGUCAUACUGGUCUAUAUGUGCCUAUGGUUUCUAAUAUCAUUGGUAUUGAUGAAAGCUUAUUCGGCUAAAUUUUACUCAAUACUAACCCUACCCGAGCACCGGGAUCCCAUUGAAACACUUGACGAUCUGGAACGGGCAGCCGUUUCGGGACAGUACGAUAUUAUAACCUAUGCCCAGUCCUAUUAUCACGAUGUGUUUGCACUGGCCGAUUGUUGUAGCGGUUCAUACUAUCAUAUUGGCCAGAAUAUGUUGGCCGUCAGCCGACUGCCGGCACCCGAAACGGCCGAUCAGGGAAUCGAUUUAAUUAACAACUAUAGCGGCGGUGGCGGCGGCGGUCCCGAUGAUAGGGGUGUCAUAUUUGUCAACACAGUUGUGUCGCUAUGGUUUGCCGUACGCAGUGGUGCCAAACGGGCUAUGCAUAUAUCUGGUGAGACACUGAUGAUGGACCACAUGGGUAUGGCUUUUAGGAAGGGGUCGCCAUUGAUCCAGCCAAUCGCCAGAUUCCUAGAGAACGGCUUAUUCGAGCAUUGGUUGAUCCGUACGGUUAAUAGAGUGCCCGCGCGAUACCAUUUAGACGAACAGCCGGUGCCGAGUGAAGCCAUACGUGAUCUACUACUCAAUGAUUUGCAAAGCAUUUUCUAUAUUUGUUUAAUGGGUUUCAUUGUAGCUGUUAUUUUAACCGCAAUAACUAGCGAUAUAUUGGACACGUGUUUCGGAAAGAUAUACUACUUUCCUUCAUCAGCACUGGCGGUCAACUGA